GUUCUGGUUCAUAAAAAAAAAUUGAAUUUACGUAUAGUUCGAUUUACAAUGGGUGUUUUUGGUUCAUGAUUUUGGGUGUGCUAAAACCACCGCCGCCCGGUUUGUGAGACAAUGACCUCUGAUAGCCGACUACCGGAGAUGGGUAUUUUCUCUGCACAAUCCCUCAACCCCUGCAGCGCCUAGUCUUUCACUUCGUAGCUAAGGUAGAUUAACCUUUUUCAACUUCGAAAUUAUCCAUUUCUGUCUCAUUGCUUAAUUUUCAGACCUCCAGAGAGUUGGGAAUUAGCCUCCGGAAGCAAAAUUUAAUCAAGUUCAUCUUAUUCAUUCAUGGGUUUUUGCCCAUGUUCGAAAGUAUGUUCAUCUGAGUUGUUGUUUUUCCUCCAUAAUCGAGUUCUUCACCACCAUCUCUUGAGAAGAGCGUGCUAUUCUUCCUUGUCGGUGUUGUUGGUUGAAGACCAAGUGUUUGAUGAAAGUCCAGUAGCUCAUAUUAAAGCUUUUCAUGAAGCUAACGCCACAAGAAACUGUUCAGUUGUUUGGAGGAAGGGGCAGCUCUUUCCUUUAGUUGUUCGUGUUCUAAAAUCUUUGAACUGGACGGUGGCGAGGCAGGUAAGAUUCUCGACCGCCGUGAAACAUUAUGGGUAUUUUAACUCUCUAUAUGCAUUUAGAAUUAUGGUUCAUGUUUUUUCACUGGCGAGUAUGCGGAGGGAAGUUUACUCUCUUCUUAGAGAUAUUGUUUGCCACACUAGGAAGGCUGAGCAGGAUUUAUUUGCAUUGCUCCCAUUUCUUAUGGAUUCAAAUUAUGAUGUGGGGAACUUAAGAAUUGUGUUUGACAUGCUUAUAAAGGUUUUCUCUGGUAAUUCAAUGGUUGAGAAUGCUGUGGAUGUGUUUAUUCAAGCUAAGAAAAUGGGGAUUAAGCCAGAGAUUUCGUCGUGCAAUUUUUUGCUUAAGUGUUUGGCUGAAGCAAACAAAGAAGAUUUUGUUAGAUGUUUGUUUGAGGAUUUGAAAACUUCUGGCCCAAAUCCUAAUGUGUAUACCUACACAAUUAUGAUAAACUUCUAUUGCCAAGGACUAAAUGGGCGUGAUAUCAACAUUGAACAAGCAACCCUUUUCCUUGAGGAAUUAAUGAUGAGUGGUGAGACACCCACUGUUGUAACAUACAGCAUUUACAUCCGUGCACUUUGUAAAGUAGUUUCUGUUCAGUCUGCUUUGUUCUUCAUUCAAAGUUUGAGACUCAAAAACCAACCUCUUAAUGCUUAUUGUUACAAUCCGAUUCUUUAUAAAUUUUGUUUAGAGGGUAAGAUAGAGGAAGCUGUGAAGGUUUUGGAGGAAAUGAGGGGUUAUGGAAUACUACCAGAUGCAUAUAGUUAUAGUAUUUUAGUUGAUGGGUUCUGCAAGAAAGGGGAAAUCGAGAAAGGUCUAAAUCUGAUUGAGGAAAUGGAGAUUCAUCGAUUAAAACCAUCCUUAGUCAGCUAUUCGUCUCUGAUUUAUGGUUUUUGUAAGAGCGGAUUGAUGGAUGUUUCCCUAGAUAUUUUCCGUAGACUUCAGAAACUUGGUUACAAAUGUGAUUUCAUUGUUUAUGACAUCUUGAUUAGAGGAUUUUGUUCUCAUGGUAAUAUGGAUAAUGCUUACAAGCUCUUGGAUGAGAUGGUAGACAAUCAUUUAUGUCCUGAUGCUUUCGAUUUUGGUGGAAUGAUUCGUUGGUUUUGCAAGAUGGGACAUUUCGAUAAAGCGAUAGGACUUUUCAAUUUUAUGCUAAAAUAUUGUGGUUUGCCUGAUACGAUGAUUUGCAAUUUUAUCGUUGACGGGUACUGCAGAGAAGGGCAAUUGGAGGAGGCCCUGAAAUUUAUGAUUCAUAUGGAAGAUCUAAGUAUUAUGCCUAACUCAUACACCUACAAUAUAAUCAUGAAGAGGUUGUGUGAGGAAGGAAGGCUGGAAAAAGUGUGGGAGCUUUUCCCUGUAAUGCUAAAGUUGAAUAUUCUUCCAGGGGUUGUACAUUAUAGUACCUUUAUAGAUGGUUUUGCAAAGCAUUCUAAUAUGAAGAAAGCAUUAAUGCUGUUUGAAAGAAUGCAAAGACUAGGAGUUGCACCCAACACGGUCACGUUUACUAUUAUUAUUAACAUGUUGUGCCAGAGGAAUGAAACAUAUUGGGCAUAUAAAUUAUUUAAUGAAUUGAUUGUAAAAGGCAUGAUUCCGGAUCAGAUUUUGUACACGUCCAUGAUCGCUGGAUUUAGUAGAACCGGAGACAUGAAGAAGGCGUUGUCUUUGUUUAAGAAAAUGUCAAAUGAAGGAUGUUCACCUACUGUUGUUACUUACACUUGUUUAAUUGAUGGAUUCUGCAAGUUAAGACGCUUGGAUCUUGCCGGGUUUUUGGUUGAUGAUAUGAAGAGAGCCAAUCUUACACCGGAUGUGAUAACUUACACUGUUCUUAUUUCUGGGUUUCUUAGACUUGGAAUAAUUGACAAAGCACACGAACUGUUCGAUGAAAUGAGAGCAGAUGGAAUAAUUCCAGAUGACGUUACUUAUCAAACGCUGGGUUUGCCUUCUAGCAUUGUUGAUCAGAAGGAGGACAGCUGAGAAAAUGCUUUGUCUAUGGCUCACAUGGUAGAGUACUCUCUCUAUUUCUUUCUCUCUAGUUUGUUUGUUGAUUAGAAUCACUAUUGUCCUUAUUCUCAUGCAUAAAAUAUGUAUGUUUAUACCGUACGUGAUGAAAAAUCUCAAACCUUAUCUAGCCUAGAACAACGCACGUUACUAAUUAUGUUCUAAACAUCAUUCAAGAGAUGAUGUGAUGGUAUGGAGGCGGGGUACUGCAUUUGUUGCUACGUUAUGCUCUAAACAUCAUUCAAGAGAUGAUGUGAUGGUAUGGAGACGGGGUAUUGCAUUUGUUGCUACACCGUUAGUGUAAAUCGAAGUUCCUUCUGUUCGGGUCGAGCAUGUAGCGAGGAGAUGAUAUGUUUGUCAUAUCUUUUCUUUACAUCAUAAAGGUAUGUCCUGCCAUAUCUUUUCUUUCCCCAGAUUGUACACUUGGAACGUGGCACCAACUCGACCAUUACAGAAUGAGAGUCCUAUCAGUUCGAUGAAGGACAUCAUGAGAAUGUUUCUCAAUGAAGCUUAGUGCACUUCCUGAGAAAAGAGGAAAUAAUGUAAUUUACGGCCGAAGAGAGGAAACAAGUCUGUAGCAAUUGGCACACACGUAGAGAUCUAGGACAUUGCCUACGCUUGGCGGGGAUAAUCUUGCUAUUUAAAGGGACCACUCGAGCUAACGAAAGGGUCCGAACUGCCGUCGGUCGAGUGAAUUGGCAAGUCGUAAGAAGGUACCAUCGAAAUGUUACGGUCUGGCUGUUACUCGUAUUAUGCUGGUUUGUUGUCCUGCUAGUUUCUACUCUCUAUUUAUUUAUGUAACGAUGCUUCACAAUUACUUCAGGAAAAGCUCAAAUUCAAGAGGUCAUCCAACUUAUAGUUCAUGAUUUUUUCAGAGUUGUAGGAGAAAGGGAUGUUUCUCUUUGCAUGGCAGCCAAAGGAUUUCAAGGUUAUACCACGGAGACAAACUUAACGAUCUAUUACGAGCAGGGGAAAGGAAUGAUCUCGACUAUUGCUAGCAUCAAAGCCCUUCAUUAUUAUUAGUACGAUGGGAUGGAGGGCACACUAACCCCUGAUAUGCUCUUUUCUCGAGCAUUCCCACUAAGCUCUUUGAUCCUGCCCUGUGCCUUUGACGACUUCGCCAUCGCUCAUAAUUGGUAUAUAGAUCUCUUUAUUUAUGUAGUGGUUGGCCUGGUCUGAUAGAAGCGUUGUACAGAAGCGACUAGUUGCUUCCUAAAUGCCUCUUUGACUUUUAUGUCCAUAUUUAUUCCUCGACAUAAGUUUGAGAUACUUCUCUCUCACACAUUCCAUUGUAAAAAAAACGAUGGACAUACGGUGGCAAACUCAUCAAAUAAUUCUUCGGGGAGAAAGGGAGGUUUUGUUUGGUCGGUCUGGACUAAUAGAAACUUGUCCAGAAAAGCGAUCAGUGGCUUCCUGAAUGCCUCUUUUAACUUUAUAUGUCUAUAUUUACUCCUCGAUAUAAGUUUGAGAUACUUUUCUCAUA